AUGGAAGGGAGUGAGGAGAUAUAUUAUCUCAGGUUGUUAUUGAAUGUAAUUAAAGGGCCAACUUCCUAUGAAAAACUUAGAAGAAUCAACAACAAUGACCAUGCUACUUUUAGAGAUGCAUGUUAUGCACCUAGUUUGUUGGAUGAUGAUAAAGAAUACAUCGAUGCUAUAAAGGAGGCAAGUACUUGGGGAAUGCCAUCUUAUCUUCGACAAUUGUUUGUCAUGUUAGCUAAUUCAAUGUCACGACCUGAAGUUGUUUGGCAAACAUCAUGGCGGCUACUUUCAAAAGAUAUUCUUUGUGAAGAAAGAAGAUUAUUGGACAACCUGGAAGCAGAUCUAACAGAUGAUAAAUUGAAAAAUCGUUGCUUGCAAAAGUUUGACAAGAUUUUAAGAUGUUGUGGAAAAAGUUUUAACGAACUUUCAACAAUGCCAAAACCAUAUGGUCAUGAAGAAGUUGAUGCUGAGCAGAAGUAUGCAUAUGAUAAAAUCAUGACUGCAGUGAAUGAAGACAAAGGGGGGUUAUUCUUUUUAUAUGGUCAUAGAGGAAUAGGCAAAACUUUUCUCUGGAAAACAUUAUCUGCUGGCAUACACUCUAAAGGUAAUAUAGUACUAAAUAUUGCAUCAAGUGGUAUUGCAUCUCUAUUGUUACCAGGAGGCUGGACUGCUCAUUCGAGAUUUGCAAUUUCUCUUAAUAUAAUUGAAGAUUCAACAUGCAAGACAAAGCAAGGAAGUCCAUUAGCUAAGUUGAUGGUUAAGGCGAAGUUUAUCAUUUGGGAUGAAGCACCAAUGAUGCAUAGAUACUAUUUUGAAGAUCUUGAUCAAACUUUAAGAAAUAUUCUAAGAUUUAAAAAUUCAUCAAAUUUAGAUCGGCCAUUUGGAGGAAAGACGAUUGUUUUUGGAUGGGAUUUUAGAUAA